AUGACACUCGAAGAAUACACACUUGAAGACGAGCAAAUGACGCUGGAAGGAGUUGAUCGUUCUGCGUCAAGACCGAUCCCUGUACUUCUCCUCCCUCGAGAAACUGUGAAGCUGUACGAGCAGAGUUUUGAGCUCUGGUUAUUCAAGCGGAACAUCACUUUGGAGACUUUAGAGGGCGACCCGGAAGUCGAGAGGCUCUUCCGCCUGGACUUCGCAGACUCGAGAAUCAAGAAGCUGCGGCGGCGGAAGAUGGUGGAGCGACUAGCUCCGCCUACGCGGUCAAUGUCAGCAGCUACUACGAUGAAUUCAAGUCGCGCUCGCAAACGUUACCAUUACCAGGGCGUUCGCAGCAGGAGAGAGCUACUGAGAACAAGCGUGGUGUCUGUACAAGAGCUCCAUCGAGCUGAUGAAAUGGAGGGUCCCAAUGGGCGAAUGAUGGUCGGGGAGGGAUUGAGACCCAUUCCUAUUGUGUUGGAUCCCUGUCAGUCGCCGGAGUUCUACGAGGUGAAUUUUAAGAGGUGGUUGGCCAAGAAGAAAGUGACGCUGGACAUGCUUCAAGACGACCUGGAAGAGGAGCGGCGGUAUCGGCAGUGCUUUGCGUACGCUCGUGCUGCCAAUCCGAAGUUUCCAGUCCACCGGCGCUCACGUAGUAGAAGCCGCCAGAGUACAACAACGUGCGAAAGCAGGAGCAACCGCACCAAGAGAAGCUCGUCAAGAGAGCGUCCGUAUUCGAAGCGCAGGACGAGCGCGCCGCGGGAGUACAGUGACGACGAAGCCGUUCGGAAGCAGAAGCGCUCACGGGUUAAUGCAAAUGAAUCGACCGGACAAGGUCACGUUCAAGGUAUCCAGCGCGCUGCUGGUACGGUUAAGACGGAGUGUAAAGCCGAGUAA